AUGAGACUGAAACCAGCCUGCUUUAUUAUUUUUCUCCUAAGCAACUUUACUCAGGCCUUCUGGUUAACCCAGGUGAAGAAAAGGCUGAUUAACUCAACGACGCCUCAACUGGAAUGGGCACCAUGCGGCAAUUUGGAGCUGAUGGAAUGCGAGAAGACCUACCUCAAUAUUUCAGAAUGUGGCAAGCUACCCGUGCCUCUCGACUAUCAGGACAAAUGCGGAGAACAGAUUGAUCUAGCAUUGAUCACAAUCAAAGCGACCAUACAGCCAUACAAAGGUAGUGUGCUGCUGAAUCUAGGAGGGCCUGGCCUCUCCGGCAUACAAUUCGUUACCACCAUAGGAAAGACAUAUCAAGACGAAAGUGGCACUGGACGGACAAUUCCAUUCAAAUGCCAGAAGAGUGAAUCUACAAAGAGCCGUCGAGGCAUCAACUACCCGUUACCUCAUGAUAUCCUACCGCAGCAAGACUUAUGGGGAGAGAUCAAAGGAGGAAUGUGGGACGAUUACGGAAAUUUUGCAAGUGACUGUGAAACCAGUAUGCGGAAACAUGGCCCACACAUGGGAACGGUUACAGCAGCGAGAGAUAUUCUUUCCAUCGUUGACGAUCUCCAAGAAGGCGGACAGCUCAAGUACUGGGGAAUUUCCUAUGGUGCGAUACUGGGCCAGUACUUCGCCGCCAUGUUCCCUGAUCGAUUUGACAGGAUGCUGCUUGAUAGCAUUCCCAGGCUAGAUGACUACUUGAGCGGCACAUGA